GCCGCCGUGCAGCAUGGCCGAAAAACCCCAAAUCCAGCUCUUCAUCAAGGCAAGUGAGGAUGGGGAGAGCGUAGGGCACUGCCCCUUCUGCCAGAGGCUCUUCAUGGUGCUGCUGCUCAAAGGGGUGCCCUUCACCCUCACCACUGUGGACGUGAAGAGGGCGCUGGAUGUGCUGAAGGACUUCGCUCCAGGUGCCCAGCUGCCCGUCCUCCUCUACAACGGCGAGCCCAAGACCGACACCAUCACCAUUGAGGAGUUCCUGGAGGACCAGCUGGGCCCCCCCAUGUGCCCCAGUCUGGUCCCACAGUACCCGGAGUCAAGUCUGGCUGGGAACGACAUUUUCCACAAAUUCUCUGCCUUCAUCAAGAACCCAGUACCUGCCCAGGACGAGGCUCUGCAGCGGAGCCUGCUGCGGGCCUUGCUGAAGCUGGAUGAGUACCUGAAUGCCCCUCUGGAGCACGAGCUGGCCCAGGACCCCCACCUCCGGGUCUCCCGGCGCCAUUUCCUUGACGGAGACCACCUCACAUUGGCUGACUGCAACCUGCUGCCAAAGCUCAACAUUGUUCAGGUUGUGUGCCAGCACUACCGCCACUUUGGGAUCCCCAAGGACCUGCAGGGCGUGUGGCGGUACCUCAACAGUGCCAGUGAGACCAAGGAGUUCAAAUACACCUGCCCCAACAGCCAGGAGAUUAUAGAAGCGUAUCGUUCCGUGGUCCGGGCACCGCAGUGAGCCGGGCACGUGCCCCGGUGGGUGCAGGGCCAAGGCUGGGGUCAGGCAGGAGGUCAGCGCCCACCCUGCCCCUGCCUGCAGGGGCUCAGGAGAGCUGUGCCACUCACACCCAAAUUCCCUCCACUGGCACACAGGUGCUGGCAGCAAUCUGCAGUGCACUCAGCCCCUCUUGUGCCACCCACCCUUCCUCACAACCAGGACAAGCUCUGUGGCCCCUCGAGCACCAGGAUGAGGGCAAAGGGGGACAGCCACACACCACAGCUGUGCCCAGCUGAGGGCAGGGACAGAGCUGGGGACAACAAGCUGCCCUGCAGCCACUUGCACAGGCAGGCACACCGUGCCACCCACCUGAGCAGCAGGCACCACAAGGUGCCCUCACACCUGCACCAGGUGUGGGGACCUGGCACAGCCAUAGAGACCUAGGAACUGGGUCUUUAUGGCUGUGUCCAGAGAGCUGGAGGGGAAUAGCACAGGCAAUGGGCACAGGUCAGUUCCCCCCAGAACUCACUAUUAGGAAGCCCUCAACAGACUUGGGGGUUGUGAAGCAGGGAAAGCCCAAGAUAAGCUUCAAAGUUCCUGGAAAUCAAUA